AUGGCAGUACCAUCUCCCCUCCACGUUGAUAGUGCCAUGAUGCGUUUGACUAUUGCACAAGCUUCCAAAGAAGUCUUCCUCAUCCACUCCAUUGUCAGAGUGAUUGUUUACAGAUGCAGUGUGCUUUCAAACCAGUUCUACGAUCUCCUCUGGUACUUGGAACCAGCUGAGAUUGGCAAUGCCUUCUGGGUGGUGUGCCCCAAGCAUGGACUGGGGUUCUAUGUGGACUUUGGAGUUUCUCUGGCCAGUUCUGUGGAUGGUUUGUUUAGGUUCAGGUCCAGAAAAGCGAGCGUGGCCAGGAUGAGUGAGCCCUUGCGGGAACUGCGGGGACCUCUGCUCCCGCCCAAGGACCCGGUGGAGGAGGAGGAGGAUGACUAUCUAAAGGAAGAUGUGGAGGAAGAUGAAGACUCCGUGUUCGUGGACGCCGAGGAGCUCUGCAGUGGCGGAGUGAAGGCUGGCAGCCUCCCCGGGCGCAUCGAAGUUUUAAUUCCUGAUGAAAAUACUCAAGAAGAAUGUAAGGUGUUUGGACGUUUUCCAAUAACUGGUGCGUGGUGGCGAGUGAAGGUCCAGGUGAAGCCUAUGGGAUCGAAGAGCUAUCAAGUUCAAGGAUUUCCGUCUUACUUUUUACAGUCUGAUAUGUCACCACCAAAUCAAAAAAAUAUCUGUUCCCUCUUUCUUAAAGAGUGUGAUUUCUCCACUGAUGACAUACAAAAAUUUUUAGCAUGGGUAAACAGUGUAUCAAGCUAUAAAGACCUCAACUUUGAAAAUAUUAGAGAAACAUUAAAAUCUUUCUACAAGGCAGAAGCAAGGAAAAAUAAAAAGAAAUCUGCACAGAAUGAACAGGAGGAGUUACUUGAUGGUGAGAUAAGCAUUCCUCUGGACAAUAAAAUUCCAUUUAUGUAUGUAAUGACAGGUUUGCAGUUUCCAAAAGUAAUGGAAUUCCUUCCAGUUCUUCUGCCUCGACACUUUAAGCGGCUCAUAAACUCAGGUUCUAAGGAGGUAUUGGAAAAGAUUGAAGAGAUUUUAAGUAUACAUCCAUGGAAGCUGGGAUUUAAUAAAAUAACCUACAGAGAGCUGAAGCUUUUGCGAUGUGAAGCCAGUUGGGUGGCUUUUUGUCAGUGCCCGCCCCUUCUGCAGUUGAUGACUGACUUGGAGAAGGAUGCCUUGGUCAUCUACUCUAAGCUGAAGCAGAUCUGUAGAGAACUCGGCCACACAUGCAUUGAAGGGGACAACUUGACUUCAGAAUUGUCAGGGCACAUGAGUUUUUACAAUGUUUGGCAAUCUCUGAAGUUUUUGAAGGACAUUGGUAUGGUGACGUGUGAGAAGGGCUGGAUCUUUCUUUAUGACCUUUACCAGGCCGAGAAAGGCAUUGCCUCGUCAAUAAGUGACCUGAUGAAGAGACCUCCAUGGCAUUUACAGGUCGAUGUCAAGAAGGUCCUGGCAUCUAUUCAUACCCCCAAACCCGAGGAUUCAGGAAGUGAUGAUGAAGAAAGUGAACCCAAUGAAACAGGGUUAGAAAAUUCUAAGGACAUUGUGGACCCAGGAGAUAGUGACAGCCUUACUUGGGAUAAUGGUGACAAUGAAACUAAUGCAGAAGUUAAUGAAGUCCACCUGGAUCAGGAUCAGAUGGCUGCCUUGGAAAUGAUUUGCUCCAAUGCUGUGACAAUCAUCAGUGGGAAAGGUGGCUGUGGGAAGACCACAAUUGUUAGCCGCCUUUUUAAGCAUAUAGAGAAGUUAGAAGAAAGAGAAGUAAAAAAAGCUUGUGAAGAUUUUGAACAAGACCAGGAUGUCCCAGAAGAAUGGAGUACCUUCUUUGAGCAGAGUCAUAAGGGGGCAGACAAGGCCAUAGAAGUUCUGCUCACAGCACCUACAGGGAAGGCAACUGGCUUACUGAGACAGAAAACUGGGCUUCCUGCUUAUACUCUUUGCCAGGUCAAUUAUAGCUUCUAUUUAUGGGACAAAAAGCAGUCGGAGGAAAAGAAAUUGCCAUGGAAGUUUUCUUCAGUUAGAGUUCUGGUUGUGGAUGAAGGGAGUUUGGUGUCUGUAGGCAUCUUCAAGUCGGUUUUAAAAUUACUGUGUGAGCACUCUAAACUUUCUAAGCUUAUCAUCCUUGGUGAUGUUAGACAGUUACCUAGUAUUGAACCUGGUAAUCUGCUGAAAGAUCUUUUUGAGACUCUUAAGUCAAGAAAGUGUGCAAUUGAGCUGAAGACAAACCAUAGAGCAGAAUCUCAGUUAAUUGUGGACAAUGCUACACGAAUCUCAAAACGUGAAUUUCCAAGAUUUGAUGCAGAAUUWAAUAUCUCUGAUAACCCUCCAAUCCCCAUCUUCGUUCAAGAUAAGACAUUUAUCUUUGUCAGACUCCCAGAAGAGAAUGCCAGUUCUCAGUUAUCUCAAAGUGAUCGUCAUUCCUAUUUAUAUUCUGCAGUUAGAAGUUUACUGGAAGAAAAUGACUUUAAAUGCGCAAAAACAUCACAAUUUAUUGCAUUUAGGAGGCAGGACUGUAACCUCAUCAAUGACUGCUGUUGCAAGCACUACACAGGCCACCUCAUCAAAGACCAUCGGAAGAGACUCAUAUUUGGAGUUGGUGAUAAAAUUUGUUGUACCAGGAAUGCAUACCUCUCCGAGUUACUUUCUAGAGAUACCUUCGGAAGUCAGCCUGAUAAUGAUCUAGAAGCCAGUGGAGAAGGCUUUUGUGGGACUCCUCGUGGUUUUGCCAAGAAUAAGCAUGACUUUGAAAGUGGUAUUCGCCUGUGCAAUGGAGAAGUAUUUUUCAUAACUGAAGAUAAAACUGAUGUAACUUUUGGAAUGAGAAGGUAUUUGACUAUUAAUAACAUGGCUGGCUUGGAAGUAACAGUGGAUUUUAAGAAACUAAUGAAAUAUUGUAACAUAAGACAUGCAUGGGCAAGAACUAUUCAUACUUUUCAGGGGUCCGAGGAGAACACAGUGGUCUAUGUGGUGGGGAAGGCGGGCCGCCAACACUGGCAGCAUGUCUACACUGCAGUGACCAGAGGCCGCUGCAGAGUGUACGUCAUUGCAGAAGAGUCUCAGCUCCAGAAUGCGAUCAGGAAAAACAGCGUUCCCAGGAAAACUCGUUUAAAACACUUCUUGCAAAACAAGCUCUCCACUAGCCAGGCCUCUGUAGCAGACCUUCCAUCCCAGUUGAAGAACUCUGGAGACGGUGGACGUCCCAGCACACCACCUUCAACAUCACCCCUCCCUACAGUCUCAUCCAGCACAAUCACACCCGAUGUCGCCAGGAGCAAGUCCUCUGUAGCUGAAGAUGGGACAUUUGCGUGGGAUGGAGAAUGGCAGCUGUCAUCAUUUGAUGAAGUGGGUGCAGAUGAGGAUCUAUCACAAUUGCGAGGGUCCAAGAGAACCUGUGGUACAAAUGACUCCGAAAGUCCAAAAAAAGUUCUCAUGGUGGAAGAAUCAUCUCCACAAGUGUCUUCUAGACUUCAGAAUUUGAGACUAAACCAUUUAAUCCCCAAGCAACUUUUCAAACCCACGGACAAUCAAGAAACUUAACUUUCCCUGGGAUUUCUCAGAAUAAUUACCUUUCUUUGUUUCAAGACAAAUAUGUACAUUUUACCUUCAAAGUUUCAAGAUAAAAGAGGAUGCCUAUAACUGGAAUUUUGCUUGUGUUAGCAGAUGUUUAAAAUCCACUUGAUCAAAGAAAACUAAUGAUUUCAGCGUCUAUCAUCAUGAGAACUGGUAAUCAUGGACAUAAACAAGGGGAAAAGAUACUAUAUGUUAAAAAAAAAAAAACACCUGUAUUUUAAAACAUGAUUUGUUUUCUAGAAUAAUGCCUUAUUAACUGCCACGAUCAUUGCUGGUUGCCUUUGCCAACAGUUGAAGCUGCGGCAAAGAACUGUGAUUGCAUCUUUUGGUGUCACUGACACACAGUCGAGGACGUCAGGUCUUCAGCAAUGUGGUCCUUCACACGCUGUUGCUCACUCCAUCACUGCUGCUUGGGCCCAGCACACCUGGGACUUUUCCUGGAAAUACCUUCUGAGUUAGGAACUCGUUGUUCUAAAUAUAUCUCAUGUUAGGAAAUUUCUUUUGGAGCAAUUUGAUUUAAAAACAUUUUAUUGUUAAAUGAUACUAUGGUUUGAAUGUGUUCCCCAAACUUCAUGUGUUGGAAACUUGAUCCCCAGUGUAACAGUACUGGGGGUAGGGCCUAGGUCACCAGAAGGUUAGUGAUUGUGGGAAUGGGCUCCUGAUGAAAGGUAUGUCCAGCCCUGUCUUGCGUGUUGGAGUGGUUCUCUUGUCCUUCUGCCUUCUACCAUGAGAUGACAAAGCAAGAACACCCUUGUCAGAUUUAUUACCUUAAUGCAGGCACACCUAGCUUUAUCCACUCUGCUUUACUGACCUUCUCAAACACUGUGUUAUUUACAAGUUGAAGUUCUGUGGCACCCCUGUGUGGAGCAAAUAUAUUGGCAUUAUUUUUCCAACAGCUCAGAUGAUCCAAUUUUUAGCAAUAAAUUAUUUUUUUUAAAAAUUGUGUAUGUUGUUUGAUAUAAAGUUAUUGUAUACUUAUUAGACUAAAAUGUAGUCUAAGGAAA